ACUUCUUGAGUAACGUCAUUUUCAACUGUGGCUUACUGAAAACCAAUGUUUUUUCCAAGAUUGCUCCAUAGAAAAUCUAUUUUGCUCUCUUUUGAAUGUAACACAAUUCUUUGGUGAGUCCGAAAUUUCCAAACAAUGUAAGAGCGAAACAUUUUAUGCAACGUGUGCAUUUUAAAGGAAUCUGCAAAUGGUGAUCGCACAUCUUGUGCAAUGUGUAAAGGGAUUUGGCCCAAACCCAUCAGCACUUGGACAGUCAGUGGUGGAGGUAGUAUACAAGUUCUGUAGUAUAAGCCUACUAAUACUACGCUGUAAGGAUUUAAAUUUUGUCCUCAAGUACAGUACUUGGGUAAAGGUGUUUACAUUCCACCAAAGCUUACAGUGCACUGUAUAAGACUGAUUCUGCGGACAAAAAUAGAAAUGUUUAAUUUUAGUAAAUUGAUUUCCUCAAAGAUAAGUGCAUGAAAAGAGUAGAGAAAAGAAUAAGUAUCUCUUUUCCUUGCGACUCCUUGUUUUUCCCACUGCUGUGAAUUGCUUCUAGCUCCUCUGGGGGAAAAUGAUGACAGCUGUUGCCUGUUCAGCAACAGCCAUCUUAAUUGUGCCAUCGUACUGUUUCCAAUGGGGAGGUCGAAAUUAAUUCCUGUUUGAAAGCAGAAACAGUUUGGUUUGGGCCCAGUCAAGCGUGAAACUCCUUGAACUGGUUACGUUUUAAUUGGCCUUGCCCCAUGGGGGAUUGAAGUGUGUUAUUGAGUUUGUGGGUGCUGAUUGCAUGCAGUCAGCCGGUAGCACAUGAUUGCAGGACACCAAAGUGUUCAAUUCUCUUACUGGAGCUGCUUGUGGAAACUACUGAUAUCUGUUUCCUUAAUCUCUGAAGCUAAAAAAUAUAUUUCAUCUGUUGAGAGAAUGUGAUUGUGUUUUCACUCUAGGAUCACCACUCAAAAUUGUGCUGUUUUUCACCAAGAAUGGAAAACCUCACGCCAGAACAAUGGCGCGAGAUUAUGAACAAGAAGAUGCAGUUCCCUCCGGAGCUCAUCAGUGCUAUUCAGGAAGGGAAAAUAGAGCUGCUGUGUGGACUGCUGAAGACCGGUGAUGGCAUCAUCCGCCAGCUGGAUGAGUCUGAGGACCGCCAGUGGAGGGAAGCCCUCAACCUAUCCAUCCGCUUGGGCAGCGAGGACUCCAUGGACGCCCUCCUGCAGGGAGUCAAGUUUGACUUCCGGCAAAUUCACGAGGCCCUGCUUGUUGCUGUGGAUACCAACCAGCCCAGGGUGGUGAAGCGUCUGCUGGACCGCCUGGAUCAGGAGAAAGGCAAUAAGAUGGAUGUGCGUUCCUUCUCUCAGGCGAUCUUUGACCACUCAAUUGACAACUCCCAGUUUGCUCCUGGUGUGACUCCUCUGACCUUAGCUUGUCAGAAAGACCUGUAUGAUAUAGUCACCAUGCUCACUCAAAAGGGUCAUGUGAUUCCAUGGCCUCAUAAGAUAUCCUGUGCCUGUCUGGAGUGUCGCAAUGGCCGGCAGUAUGACCUGCUGAAAUUCUCCUUGUCUCGCAUCAACACAUACCGUGGUAUCGCCAGCCGUGCCUAUCUGUCUGUCACUUCUGAUGAUGCCAUGCUCCAAGCUUUCAGUCUCAGCAGAGAGCUCCGCAAGCUGUCACAGAAAGAACCGGAGUUCAAGCCUCAAUACCUAGGCCUAGAACAGCUUUGUCAAGAUUUUGCUGUUGAAUUGCUGGGCAUGUGUCGCAACCAGAGUGAAGUGACCACUAUACUGAACAGCUGUGGAGACGAGAGCCAGGAUACCCUUGAGGAGCAGGCCUUUGAGGAGGGAAUACCCAACUUGUCACGUUUACGGCUUGCUGUAAACUACAACCAGAAGCAGUUUGUGGCCCACCCUAUCUGCCAGCAGGUACUGUCUUCUAUCUGGUGUGGGAACCUGGCAGGCUGGAGAGGCAGCCGAACGGCUUGGAAGCUGUUUGUCUCUGUGGGGAUCUUUCUUACCAUGCCCAUUCUCUGCCUUAUCUACUGGAUUGCACCAAAGUCAAAAGCAGGAAAGAUGCUUAAGAUUCCUGUGAUCAAGUUUCUUCUCCACUCAGCUUCUUAUCUGUGGUUUCUCAUCACGCUACUUGGCGAAUCAAUAACAAUGGAGAUCUAUCGAGACAAAUUUGCUUCCCGGCAGCAGAACAUCCUGCACAGCUCCUUCCACAUGGUGUGGGUAGUCGGAUUUUUCUGGUAUGAGUGUAAGGAAGUGUGGAUCGAGGGGCUGCGGAGUUAUUUCCUGGAUUGGUGGAACUGCUUGGACAUGAUGGUGCUCAGCAUGUACCUGGCAUCCUUUGCAUUACGUGUACUGAUCAUGCUCAAAGGUAUCUUCCUCUGCCAUGAUCAUAAUGGUGCAGAGGAGUGUGUCUAUUUCACUCAGACAGUGCGUGAGGACUGGCAUCAGGAGGACCCUCAGCUGAUUGCAGAGGUGCUGUUUGCAGUGACCAGCAUGUUGAGCUUCACACGGCUGGCGUACAUCCUGCCAGCUCAUGAGUCUCUGGGAACACUACAGAUUUCCAUAGGGAAGAUGAUUGAUGACAUGAUGAGAUUUAUGUUUAUAUUGAUGAUCAUUGGAACAGCCUUCCUCUGUGGCAUCAACAAUGUCUAUGUUCCUUAUGUCAUCUCUCCACACCUUGGCAGGUUUAAUGAGACGUUCCAUUUCUUGUUCUGGACCAUGUUUGGUGUGGCCAACCAGGACUACGUGGACAUGCCACAGUUUGUGUUGGCAGAGUUCGUAGGAAGGAUUCUGUACGGCAUCUUCACACUCGUCAUUGUCAUCGUUUUGCUCAACAUGCUUAUUGCCAUGAUCACCAACUCAUUUCAGAAAAUUGAGGAUGAUGCAGAUGUCGAAUGGAAAUUUGCCAGGUCAAAGCUGUACCUCAGUUACUUCAGGGAGGGCCUCACCAUGCCUGUGCCCUUCAAUAUCAUCCCCUCACCCAAAGCUUUAUUUUAUAUCUUAAGGGGUGUCUUCAGACGAAUCUGCUGCUGCUGUACUUUUAACUCUGAGAAUAAAUAUCCUCCUAUAGCCUCUAUGACCAAUGGCAAGGGAUCUGAAGACAGCCAGUUGCCUUACCGGCAGCAAGUGAUCAGAGCUUUGGUGCAACGCUACAUUGAGUCAGCUCGCAGGGAGUUCGAGGAGACCAAGAGAAAAGAUAUCGGUAAUCGUAUCACUGAGCUGAACAAAGCGGUCAGCAGGAUGCACAGUGACUUGAAGGUGAUCCAGCAGCUAUUGGUGGGUAAUGAACACAAUGCAAACGAUGCCCUAACCAAGGACGGCUCCUCUCUACUGGGGAAAUACAUCAUUGGUGCCAAGAACAAUUUCAGAGGUUUUAACAGCAGGCCAGAAGAUAAAAAUACAUCACUUAAAGUGACUGUACACAACGGAGAAGAAGGGCUGAACAAAGAGAAGGUUGACUCCGAUGCAACUCACGAGUCAGACACCAAACAGAAUCAGGUGGAUGAUUGUGGAAUAGAGGGAUCAAAGCAGGUAACAGACUGUGAUGUGGUGAAAAUGGAGGAAGGUAGGGCUACAGCAGAGUUAGGAGUGAAUAAAGAAACUGGGACAAAAGAGCAGGUGGAAGCAGACAAUAAUGAAAAUGCUGACAAUGAGUUGAAAGACAAGGUGGUGGCAGGAACAAGUUUUGAUAACGUAGGGAACAAUGUAAAAGCCGAGGACACACAGGAUGAGGCAGGCCAAAGAGGGGAAGGAGAGAUACUCACAGAGUCAAUGAUUGAUGCAAAACACCCAGAGACAACCACCAAACAAGACGAAAGCAAAAAUGAGAAUAUGGAAGCAAAGAAUGUAGUAAAUAAGUUCAAAGACAUAGAGCUGCAAGAAAGAAAAGUGGAGACAAAAUGGAAAAAGGGCAGGAAGUCUGAGCAUAAUGUGGCAGACAACUGUGACAAUGGAAAACCUGGAGUCAAGAAAAUCAUUCCGUCACCAACAGGCAGCAGCAGCUCCCAGGACACGGGCUUUGGUUCUCAAGAAGGAGAGGGAUCCAUUGAUGGGAUGCUGGUGAGACCAUAACCUUAGUGAUGUCCCAUUUUUAGGUCUACACAGACAUUUUCAGCGUUUGGCCCUUCAGUCACCUUAUCCAACAGAGUUUGUGCUUGGGUUGCAUAAUUUAUCACUGAGAAUUUGGAAAUGGUUUGAGUUUUUCCAUGGUCUGCACCUUCAUGUGACUUAAAAUGCAGAAUAUUUCAUAAUCUAAUCAGCUUAUUGUCAUAAAAUUUACUGAGUGCACUUUCAUGGCACGGAGCCAGAAGAACUGUCUUCCACUGUUUCCAGUUGUGCUAAACUAAGCUAACAACUGCUAGCUGUUUCUUCACAUUUGCUGUGCAGACAGGAGAGUGGUAUCUGACUUUCCACCAGAAAAACAUUGUACAAUUCCUUUAACCUUAAUCAUUGAUACUAUGGGGUACUGUAGCUUCCUGUUUAAUUCCGUAUCAUGUACGAAAUAAGUAAAAUCGUUCGGUGGGUAGUUGAUUAAUGAAAGGACUAUGGUAGGCAUACUUUGUGCUGGGCGUCCCUCUCCUCACAGCAAUUUCCCGAAGUUCACCGUUCAUUUGCAAAGAUUUCUCAAAUAUCAGAUAAAAGUAGCACUGUUUAAUGAAGCAAAUAAAACAUUUGAAGCUGCAUUUGUUUCUGUCUCUGUAUUUCAUGAAUAUGGUGUAGAGGAACUUUAACUCUGUGCUGACUGAGGUAAUGAAUCUCUGUUUUAGUGUUUCUUUUCAGUAGAUGACAGAGACACACCAUACUGCACUGUUACAGUGCAGGCCUCAGCUUGCUUUACACAUUCGGAUCCCAUGAGGUCACAUGCAUAAACACACCACUUCAUUAAUUCAUCACCUGCAGCAUCACCUGUCCCAAGACACAGUGUAGACUCUUCCUCUGGA